AUGGAUACCAAAGCCAACAAACUUCCCUACAACGUUCCCGCCGAUGCAGUCUGGUUCAUAACCGGCUGUUCCUCUGGCAUUGGCAAAUCUCUGGCAAAGCUCCUGCUCCAACACGCGACGUACCGCGUGGUCGCCACGGCCCGCAAGCCAUCCACACUGGCAGACCUCGCCGUCCCGGGCGCAGAGGACCGCCUCUUCGCCACCGCCCUGGACGUGACCUCGCCCGAGUCCAUCGACGCCGCCGUCGCAGCCACCCUGUCCCGCUUUGGCCGCAUCGACGUCCUCAUCAACAACGCCGGGUACGGACUCUUUGGCGACGCCGAGGCCUCCAGGCGCGAGGACGAGCUGAAGCUGUUCGAGACCAACCUUUGGGGCCCCGUAGCGCUUUCCAAACACGCCGUGAGGAUCAUGCGAGAGGAGAACCCCAAAACCGGCUCGAUCGGAGGCGUCAUUAUCAAUGUCAGCAGCAUGGGCGGCUUCAUAACCGUGCCCAGCCACACGUUUUACCACGCUUCCAAAUUCGCCCUGGAAGGGUUCACACAGGGUUUCGCCAAAGAAAUGCGCCCGGAAUGGAAUAUCCACUUUUGCAUCGCCGAACCCGGUGGCGUCCAGACUGAGUUUGGAAACAACGUGAAUCGGGGCGUUCGCCACCCGGCCUACGAGGCGCCCGACACGCCGGCCCGCGCCAUCGAAGCAUAUAUUGCAAACCCGGCCUCGAGGAAAUACUGGGCCAAGCCAGAUCCAACGGCACGGGCCGUGAUUGAAAUAGUUAGCGGCGCAAGGGAGGGCGCCAAGGGUCGUAUCCCCAUCCGCGUGCCCAUUGGCGUCGAUGCUUUUACUGCCGUCAAGGCCGAGGCGGCAAAGAUUUCUGCAGAGCUGGAGGAGUUCAAGGAGCUGUCGGUCAGCACGCAGAUAGAGCUCAGUGAGGAACUGAUGGCUCUCUUUGGGCAUUCAGGACCUUGA